UUGUUUGAAAAGUCGAGUGAAUAUGUCUGCUCAGAACUCUUUCUCGUCCUCAUCAGCGAAUGAAGUUUACAUCAAGGGCGAUAAGUAUAAUCCACCGUACGCAAACGAUCCAGAGUCAUACAAAGAUCUUCGCAGAAGACAGGCUUUGAAGCGAGAGGAACUCUUGAAAAAUUCAAAGCGUUUUCAAAGAAUUAGCGAACGAGAGGACCGCACCGAUGUGCCUUUGCAAGCUAGAGUUAAUACAAGUCUCGGAAAACAUAUACCAACCUACCGUGGUUUUGAUAUAUGCAAGUGUCCCGUGGAUUAUGUUUUGUAUCGGCAACUUUUUGAGCUUGUCAGACCGAAAACCGUGAUCGAAUUGGGAACUCUCUCAGGCGGUAUGGCGGUAUGGAUAUCUGACACACUUGGCUUGCUUGAUGUCGAAGCUAAUGUUUACAGCAUGGAUAUCGAUCCGAGCAAUCGCAGUGAACUCGUGAACAAGUUGAAGCCGGAGAAUGUCACUUUCCUUCAAGGAGACUCGCAUAAAAUCGAAGAAACUUUCACAGACGAGUUCAUGAAAAGCCUUCCCCAUCCUUGGGUCUUCUCUGAAGAUGCCCACGCCAACCUAGACGGUGUCCUAGAGCAUUUUCAUCGCUACAUGAAAGAGGGAGAUUACAUGGUUGUCGAAGACACUGGCCCGGAUCUUGUCUUGCAAGUUGAUUCAAAAACCGACGAUGGUGGCAGCUUCACUCCCGUUGGACCGAAGCAGUUGCAAUGCUUCAAAAGAUUCUUACAAGACCACGAGGAAUUCUACGCUGUGGACAGCUUCCUGACUGAUAUGUAUGGAUACAAUUGUAGCUGGCAUUGGCACGGCUUUGUUAAAAGAAUGAAAUGAUUUGGAACCGACGUGAACCGUACUUUUAGCAAACUGUACUUUCUUCAUUUAGUUUUAAAGGAAUAUUUGAUAUAUUUUUUAAUCUUUUAGUAUUGCUACAUACGUUGUUAUUCAUACGUUACACGUCUGAGCUUUUAAUACAAUAAAA